AUGGGAACAUCAUUCAGAUAUCCAACAUUCUUAUCGAGACCGGUAAGUGACGGCUCCACCAAUUCGGAUGCGAAUACUACUACUUCCAGCGUACCUCCUACAUCAAAUACUGAACUAUUUGCUAGAGAAUCUGUAGCGACUUCGCCUGAAUCGACAGAGUCAAAAUUGUCUCUGGCGUUGAAGAAUUCCAAUUCGAAUGCAAAUGAUAUUCCAACACAUCAACGGGCAGAUGGAGAAGAUCAGGAAAAAGAAGACAACCACGACGAAGAAGACGACGACAGUGAAUCUUCUUGCGAUGAAAAGAAUGAGGAGUCAGUAAGAGAUUAUAAACCUGGUGGGUAUCAUCCUGCUUUUAAAGGAGAAAAAUAUAAAAUUGGCCGUUACAUCUUGAUGAGAAAGUUAGGAUGGGGACAUUUUUCUACUGUAUGGCUUGCCUUCGAUAAUCAUUCAAAUAGUCAUGUGGCUAUGAAAAUUGUGAGGAGUGAUAAAGUAUACACUGAGGCUGCUCAGGAUGAAAUUAAACUCCUAAAGAAAAUCUCCCAUGAAAAUGAUGGUGUGAAUGAAGGAGCUAAACACAUUCUUUCAUUAUUAGAUAAUUUCAUACAUCAUGGACCUAACGGAGAGCAUAUUGUGAUGGUCUUUGAGGUCCUUGGUGAAAAUUUAUUAGCGUUGAUUAAAAAAUACGAACAUAGAGGCAUACCAUUGAUAUAUGUGAAACAGAUCUCUAAACAGUUAUUAUUGGGUCUUGAUUAUAUGCAUAGAAUAUGCGGUGUCAUUCAUACUGAUAUUAAACCAGAAAAUGUGUUGAUGGAAAUAGGUGAUGUAGAGUCUAUUGUUAAAAUGGUGGAAAUAAUGGAUAAAGAAAAGAAGGAUCGUAAGAGACAACAAAGACAAAGCUCCGUGGUGACAAGUCCUCAGGAGAAACAUCAACAUUCCAUUUCAAGAGAUAGCCGACAUUCGAUAAUUGAUUCAUCUUUUCAAGACCAAGGACCAGAUACUAGUCUCACAGAAUCGAACGUUUCAAGGAAUAGUUCAAAGACAAAUAUAUCUAUAAAGAGAGUACCAAGUCGUAGACCUAGAAGGAAUACAAUAAUUACUGGAUCUCAACCUUUACCUUCUCCUAUUAGUUCUUCAAAUUUCUAUGAAAUGAAAACCCAAUUUUUAAUGAAUUCUUCUCACUCUAAUAGUUCCACGGCUGUUCAAUGGCAAACUUUCUUAUCCACGUCAAAGACACAUAGUCAUAACAGUUCAAGCAAUAAUAGUACCAUGGGAGUCCCUAGUGGAACAGUGACACCUAAUAAUGGACAUGCAAUUAAUCAAGUUUCAGAUAACCCAUUUUUACAUUCCAUCAAUACAGUACAUACAGACUUGUCAUCUGGUGCAACUACUACUUCACCUGGAUCUGUUCAAAAUUCCUCCAAUACAUCUGUGCCAACUAAUGAAAAACAAUUGAGUCAAUCGUUAUCAUCCUUUGAACUUUCAAAGAUUACUUCAGUCGAUUCAACUGCCUCGCAUCAUAAGAAAUUCAACGUUGAUGAUACAGAUAAUAAUAUAAUUGCUAUAAAAAUUGCAGAUUUAGGUAAUUCUUGUUGGUACGACGAACAUUAUACAAAUGCUAUUCAAACAAGGGAAUAUAGAUCUCCUGAAGUAUUAAUUGGAGCACCAUGGGGUGCCAGUGCUGAUAUAUGGUCAUCUGCAUGUCUAAUAUUUGAACUGAUCACAGGUGAUUUCUUAUUUGAACCAGAUGAAGGUCAUUCCUACGGUAAGGAUGAUGAUCAUAUUGCCCAAAUAAUAGAAUUAUUAGGUCCCUUCCCUGAUUAUCUUUUAGAGAAUGGUAAAUAUACCAAGAAAUUGUUCAACUCAAAAAAACAAUUAAGAAAUAUAUCGAAAUUAAAAUAUUGGCCAUUAGAGGAAGUCUUGACUGAAAAAUAUAAGAUGCAUUCUAAUGAAGCUAAACAGAUUGCAGAUUUCUUAUUGCCAAUGUUAUGCUUGGAUCCAAGAAAAAGAGCUGAUGCGGGUGGGUUAGUAAAUCAUCCCUGGUUAAGAAACACACUUGGUAUGGAAAGUAUUACUGUCCGUGACAGAAAACUGUACGGUGAUGGUGAGGAUAUAACUGGGUGGUCUAAUGAAGUGAAGGGCCAUCCAAGACACUAA